GAGUUCCAGAUGCUGCACAAGGCAGAUAUCGUGGUUACCUUCUUUCCCCGAGGCACUCUGUCGCUAAUAAGCCUUUUACAGUUUGGUUUGACUGCUCAAACUGGGCAGGCUAUUGUGUAUGCUCAGGAUGGAUACCCCAAGGGGGGUUACUUGAAUGCGGUUCGUGGGAUAUAUGCGACCAAGAUUGUGACUUCUGAAGAAGAUCUAAAGAAUGCUGUGAUAGAGAAGAUGGAGAAGCUUCUUGCUGAGCGAAAUGCCUCUUAG